UUAAGCAAAAGUAAAGAAAAUAAUUUCCUCUUCAAAAGCAUACUCUCCUCUCAAAUUGAUGUUGUUCCUUCUCCAUUAUGAUAUCUCUCGGCCUCUCUCUCUAUAGCUGUCUCUCUCUAUAAUUUAUCUUUUUCUCUCUCUCCAUUCUAGUUCAUAGCACAUAGACUUAUUUAAGUACAUUGCCUGUGUUGUCUUUCUCAACCAUUAGUCCUUUACUUCGAUAAAGGCUAAGGAAGAAAAGUUUUGAUUGUCUUCGUCAUUGGAACAGUUUUAAUUUUGUUGCUUCAAAACACCCAAAAGGACAUGAACAACAACAAGACUUUCAGUACUACAAGCACCAUCAAUGAAGACUACAUGUCAUUCCCUUAUAAUGACAAUUAUUGCUCACAACCAUUACUCCCUUUUAGCCCUUCCUCUACCAUUAACGACCUCUUGAUUCACUCCAAUUCCAACAUAUCAAACAAUCAUCUUGACCAUCAUCAUCAAUUCCUACAAGCAGCUUCUCCUUUUUCUCAAUUCGAAUUCGUCCAGGAUUUUUCUCUCCUCCCCUCUUUCCUUCCACAAAACAUUAUCCAUAAUGAUAACCAAACCAUAAGCACCAAUGACCAUCAUCAUCCAUCCCUUCUUCCUUUGAACAACACCAUUGAUGAAUCCCAACUCAUUGAGCCGUCGGAGACCAUAACCACACACAACGAAGACUCCCAGAGAAUCUCAACUACUCAAGACCCGAAAAUGAAAAAUGCCAAGAAACCAAGCAGAACGGACCGGCACAGCAAGAUCAAAACGGCUAAAGGGACAAGAGAUCGUAGAAUGAGACUCUCUCUAGAUGUCGCCAAAGAAUUGUUUGGCUUACAAGACAUGCUUGGAUUCGACAAAGCCAGCAAGACCGUUGAAUGGUUGCUCACACAAGCCAAACCCGAGAUCAUAAAGAUCGCCAACAGCCUUUCUAACCAGUUUAAACACGGCGGAUUCAGCAGCGGAGAUGACUCCCAAACCCGACCGGCGUUAGGAUCAACGGAGACAUCGUCUGAUCUAUGCGAAUUUGCAUCUGUGUGGACAGUCGAGGAUAGAUGCAGCAACACUAGCAUGACCGAAAAUAAGGUGGAUGGGAGAACAAUGAGAGGGAAGAGAAAGAUGUCGCAGCGAACGCCCAUUUUGAAGGAGAUGUCUAAAGAUGCCAGAGCCAAAGCAAGAGAGAGAGCAAAGGAUAGAACAAUGGAGAAGAUCAUGAAGAGAAGACCACAAGUAAAUGCCGUAGAAGAAGUAGAAGCUCAUAAUCAGCAUGAUGAGGUAGUAAAGAAUAAUAAUUCUGGUGUUAAUUGGACUACUUCUUUUGAGGUGACGCCCAGCGGAAAAAAUAUGGAAGAACUUUGCAAGAACAAUCGUUUCGCAGUUUACAACGAUAUUGUGGUGAAUAAAAAAGAUCACAUUUCGGAAGAAUCAUAUAAUAUGAUCAGCCAAUUGAAUUCAUCAUUUCCAAUGCUUACUCACCAUCGCAGCCAAGGUGCAGCUACUUCCAUGGAGCAGCAGCAGCAGCAGCAGCAGCAUCAGGUUAGGGAUGUUCAUCACUUCUUGUACAACUAUCAUAAUAUGUGAUGAUGAUAUAAAUUACCGUUAAUUUCUCAAAUUAAUAUAUAAUAAUUUGUAUAUGUGAGUCUUAUGAAGCUUUUUUGCUUCACUUUCUUGUCACAUAUUAAAUCGAUGUAAAACAAUCAACGCCUUU